CUUGUCGUAAACAUACUACUUUUUAUCUAUUUGAAUCCCCUGACUUCCUGAAUCCACAUCUUUUUAUCUUUCUUCAUUAACAUAACUGAUCGUCGAACACCUUGUCUGUACUUGCUUCGACCAAACACUCUCAAGUACACAACCUACUCGACGCUCUUCUAUCCAUACGAUACUACUUUAUAGAAGAACGCUGGAACCAGCAUUGGAGAACUACAAGAGCAAAGCUUCCAACAACAACGACACGAUGACCAAGCGGUGGUUUGUCGAAACCACACCGGAGGGGCGACAGCAGUUUGUGUCCAUCAAGAGAUCGCGUUCUUACACUGGACGCCACGACCGAGUUCGCGAGAUUGACUACGUCAAAGUCAGCCUUGACGAAUGGAACUCCCUCGUGGAGAAGGAGCGCAAGCUCGAAGAGAUCAAUAAGUCGGUGGUGGAUGAAAACAACCGCCUCAAGACCACAUCCCAGGCUGAGGCUAAGCGCCUCGCCCUGGUUGUCGUUCCCAGUCUCGAGAAGCAGAUCGCCUCCCUCUCCAUCGAGAACGAGGCUCUCCGUCGCAGCAUCGAUAAGACGGGCGACAGCUCUUCCAAGCACCACCGCGAGGAAGAGAGGCUGCGCUACAAGGUUGCCAAGUUUGAGGCCGACAAUCUGGCACUCCGAGAGGAGAAUGCCGCUUUGCGGGAGAAGAACCGUAGCCUCUCUCGGCAGAUUGACCAGAGCUUCAGCCGUCGUGUGUCUGAGCUUGUUGCAGAAGCUGAGACGUGGAAGUACCACUACCGUCACUGGCGUUCUCGCUACGAGGAGCUUUUGAAGCGCUACAACGACAUCUAUGACUUGAUGGAGACUCGGACGAAGAAGAUGAAGGGCUACGAAGAGAAAACUAUUGCAUAUGAAGAUAUCCUGCGACGAAACGAGAUGAUCUAAGACUUUUACGUCUUCUGUAUCUCUCAUCUUCUACCUUUUCUAGUCUGUGAAACUUGAGGUCGUUUGUGAAAUCACCUCGAUCACAGUGCCAACCGCAGAGGUUGGUGUGGCUGUAUUACUUUGGGAUUUUUUUUUUUUUGUUCUCCGGUACGUGAAGGGACUUGGUUUAGAGUAGAAGGCUUACACUGACGUAUCAUGUUUUUUUUUUCUUUGCUCAUAGACCAGAUAGCGCUCCACACUUGGAGCCUUGCUUUUUUCUUUUCCUUUGUUCUGUGUUAUUAUG